AAGAUAUACGAAAGGUCCCAAAGACCAAACACAGACUUCAUUUUACUUCAAUAAUAGUAGUCACUGCUUCAAAAGAUUUUCUCUUCGGAUUUUCUCUUUUCCCAAACAUACCCCUCGAAACGCUAUAAAACUUUCCUCUUUUUUCUCAGAUCUGGGAAAAUUAGGGUUCUGAAUUUGGUACUCAGAGAAUGCAGAGGCAAACUAGGUAUAUGGAGAGGACUAAUAGUAUCGCUAGAGGGAAGAGGAGUUUGGAAGGAGAUGAGGAGCAGCAGCCCGAGCGAAAACGCCCUGCUUUAGCCAGUGUAAUUGUAGAAGCUCUUAAGGUGGAUAGCCUGCAGAAGCUUUGCUCAUCUUUGGAACCCAUUCUUCGUAGAGUUGUAAGCGAAGAGGUGGAAAGAGCUUUGGCAAAAUUAGGCCCUCCUAGACUUAAUGGAAGAUCUUCUCCAAAACGAAUUGAAGGUCCAGAUGGACUGAGCUUGCAGCUCCACUUCAGGUCCAGGUUGUCCCUUCCUCUCUUCACCGGAGGAAAGGUAGAAGGGGAGCAGGGUGCUGCCAUACAUAUUGUUCUAGUUGACACUAACACUGGACAAGUUGUAACAACUGGGCCUGAAGCCUGUGUAAAGCUAGAUGUUGUUGUGCUUGAAGGUGAUUUCAACAACGAGGAUGAUGAAGAUUGGACACAAGAAGAAUUUGAGAGCCAUGUGGUAAAAGAACGUGAAGGAAAAAGACCACUGUUGACUGGUGACUUGCAAGUGACCCUCAAAGAGGGGGUAGGGACACUAGGAGAGCUCACUUUUACUGACAAUUCAAGUUGGAUAAGAAGUAGGAAAUUCAGGCUUGGCUUGAAGGUCGCUUCUGGAUAUUGUGAGGGUAUACGUGUACGUGAAGCAAAGACGGAGGCUUUUACUGUCAAGGAUCACAGAGGGGAAUUGUACAAGAAGCACUAUCCACCUGCGUUGAAUGAUGAUGUGUGGAGAUUGGAAAAGAUUGGAAAAGAUGGGUCAUUCCACAAGAGGCUUAACACUGCAGGAAUAUUCACAGUUGAAGACUUUUUGCGGCUUGUGGUCAGGGAUCAACAAAAGUUACGAAAUAUUCUUGGAAGUGGCAUGUCAAAUAAGAUGUGGGAAGCUCUAUUAGAACAUGCAAAGACUUGUGUGCUGAGUGGGAAGUUUUAUGUUUACUAUACUGAUGAUUCAAGGAGUGUUGGUGUUAUCUUCAACAACAUCUAUGAGUUGAAUGGCCUCAUUACUGGGGAACAGUAUAUACCUGCUGAUUCUCUAUCUGAUAGUCAAAAGGUCUAUGUAGAUACAUUGGUGAAGAAAGCCUAUGACAAUUGGAAUAAAGUCAUAGAGUAUGAUGGCAAGUCACUGUUGAACUUCAGGCAAAAUAGGAGGUCAAGUGCCCGAAAUGAACUUCAGAUGGGUGCGAUAGAUUACCCUAAUGCUUUAGAUCAACAACUGCAGUUACCGCGGUUGCCAGUUUCAGUUCCUACUGAGCAGGUGCAUUCAGGCCUACAGGUUGAAGGUUAUAAUGAUAAUCAGUCAACCAAAUACUCAGGGCAGUCCCAGCAUGUGAAUUCCAAUUCUUCUAAUCAAUUUGACAGCACACAAUAUUUGCCACAUGACCAGCUGAUUAACAAUUCUCAGCAACCACAAAGCUUGAGAAAUGAUAACAAUGUUGUUGGGCUGGCUCUUGGUCCUCCACAGUCAUCUGCCUUAGGGUUUCAAAAUGUUGGUUCUUCAAUGCAGUCAUCAAAUCUUAAUCCUUUUGAUGAUUGGACAAACAACCGAGAUAAAGGAGUUGAGGACUUAUUUUCAGAGGAAGAGAUUCGCAUCAGGAGUCAUGAAAUGCUUGAGAAUGAAGAUAUGCAGCACCUGCUCCGCCUCUUUAGCAUGGGAGGUCAUGCUUCUAUUAAUGUGACAGAAGAUGGUGGGUAUGGAUUCCCAAAUUACAUGCAAUCCCCAAUGCCAAACUUUGUAGAUGAAGAUCGUUCACGUCCUGGCAAAGCAGUUGUUGGUUGGCUGAAGAUUAAGGCAGCAAUGAGAUGGGGUUUCUUUAUCCGGAAGAAAGCUGCUGAGAGACGGGCACAGAUAGUUGAGUUAGAAGAGGAAGAAUAGUGAUCAAGUCUUUUUAAGUGGCAAGCCUCUCAUUUCUGUCUAUGUUUUCAGAAGUUACUAGAACUCCAUCAAUGGGAGGGAAAAACUAGAGGUACUGAUCGCAUGAAAUUAUUGGUUCCAGAAGUCCUGAAGACCGAAUUCAACAUUGGGAAUCUCGUCUUGUACAGUUUCUCCUGUACAGUAAGCUGUUUCUUUGACUUGCCUUAGUAAUAUGCUUUACCAUUGGUUUGUGUAUGAUAAUUUGAGUUUAUGUUAGGGCCUUGAGGGGGGGUAAAUUUGCUUUUAAGUUGAUGGCCCCUCCCUUGUUGACUCAUUUUUCUAAUGCAGUAGGUGUGACCUUAAGUUGUUUCAGUUAUAAUUGUUGUACUUAUUCGCUGAAAAUGUUAUGGAAUUUGUAAGCUAUACUUUGUCUUUGAGCUUGGUCUUCACUCUUAACCUUAGUAAUAAUACGGCAGUUGAGUUACCUGAUUA